AUGGAGACACUGGCUUUUGCCCUGAUUUCCUUGGUCCUGGAGUGCGCCUGUUUGGCGCGGCUGGUGCGCUACGUCUGCACGCACUGCAAGGAUGUUGGCAACGUCCUUCGGCGUUGCCUCUCCUGCCCCCACCGUACCGUGUCGAUGUGGAUAACCCCACGCAAGCCGGCCACAGCGCAGGAGCUGCUGAUUGCAUCUGAAGUUCUUCAGCUCCGGGUCCUCUGGGCGAGGAGGUUCCUCGCGGUGUUUUGCGUCCUGAGCUUCAGCAAUGUUCUCUCCAUGCAGCAGAGCAUCUUCCUCGGCCGAGAGCGCUGGAUGUCUUCGGCCGUCACCUGGGGGAACAUCUCUGUCUUCGCGGCCGGAACUCUGACCUGCUGGUGCCCGGCCGCGGUGUCUGCCCGGACCCUCGCUGCAUGGUAUGGGCUGUACAUGCUGUUUGCCCUGAUGUAUAUUACGCCUUGGUUCACGGCAGCCGAGCAAGCCUACACGUUCUCCUACAUCGUUCUGCUCUUCUUUCGACUGCCGUGCAGCAUCAUGUGCAACCGCAUCUCCCUGGCACUCUUCUUCAACUUGCUCUUCGUCUUGGUCAUGUGCUACAGAUCUGCUACAGAGGACCUGGGCAACCUGGGUGACAUAAAUACAGUCCUGUGGACGUCGCUGACACAAGUUGCUGUCGCCCUGCUCGUGGCCACCAGUUGUCAGAGCACACUGUCGCAGCGCGUAGAGCUGAACAUCCAACGCAAGAAUGCCCAGACGCAACUGAGCGCCGCGCAAGCCCUGCUCCGCCUCAUGUGCGACGCCGUGGUGGAGCUGGUACCGAUCUUGUGGCCCUUGGGCGAGCCGAUCGACCCACUUCGCAACUCCGACUUCUACGACCUCGAGACGCUCUUGCGCCUGAAGCUCUACGAGGAUGCCAUCCGUGCGAAGGCCGAGCCUGGUGCCGGCGAUGAUGGCGAGGACCCGGACGGGCCUGGAGAGGAUGAUGGCGAGGAUCCCCCGCGACCCGCCGCAGAUGCGACCCAGAGCGGCGCAACCCGCGACGAUGCGUACUUCGACUUCGAGACGCUCUCCAGCCGAGGCGGAAGAGGAAAAGGGCGUGGAGACAAGAGCCCGCGUAUCUUCUCCAUGGAAAGCGCUGAAUUGGCCCCGGCAAGCACGAAGGCGAGGACGGAAAUGGUACAUCGCGUACUCGAAGGCCUCCGAGACGACGCCUUUGAUCUGGCGCGAGAUAUGGGCGUUGAGGCCCUGACAGCACCUGGAGGACUGCGCCGUUACAUUGCGAAGCUGCGCGAGAUGGUAUUUCCGCGCGCUGCGGAAGAAGCCAGAGAGCUCUUCCGCGUAGGACAGAGGCCUGGUACCCUGUCACGCCAGUCCGGCGAAUCGAUGCUGUCGUACGUUUCACGACGACGCCGGUGGUGGAAGUUGCUCAAGACGCUGGACAGUUCCAUCGAGCUUUCGGAGCCGAUGCGAGUAGAGCUACUCCUUGAGCUUUCGGGACUAUCUAGACAGGAGUCCCUGGUCAUUAAGGCAUGCACCAAGGACUCAAAGGGCUUUGAGUCCGUUGCCGAGAUUCUGGUCGAGCACUACACCGGCGUGCACCUGAAGGAAGGCCGAGCCCUGGGAGGCUCGAUGCCCUCAGCAAAGGGUACCGGAAGGACCCCCUUCUACAAGGGCAAAGGAAAAGGGAAAUCUCGAGGAUUCCCUCGAAGAGCCUAUGCCGCCUUCGACGACGAGAUAGCCAAAGAGGAGGACUCCCAUGAACCCCUCGACUACAUCCCCGAGGCCUACGUCGCUGAAGAGCAAUGGGGAGACGAAGACGUCGAGGAAGAAUUUGAGGAGUAUGAGGUGGACGACGCUGAGGCGGUCGCGUUGAACACCCUGGAGCUCUUCGAGGACCAGACCCCAGAGGCUGGCCACGCGAUCCAGCUUUCUCUUGCUGCCCACACAGCUGUCGGCAAAGCCAAGGGCAAGGGAAGGAAAGGACGCGGAAAAGGGAAAGGUAAGGUAGUCAGAAGUCACCUUACACUUGAGCAGCGCCGAGACAAGCUGAAGGCGCUGAAGGCCAAGUCGAAAUGCUUGCGCUGUGGCGGAACAGGACACUGGGCAGGCGACCCAGAGUGCAAGUUCCCUGCCGGAACUGGCAAGUCCGGUGGAAAGGCCGCCAACGUAGCUGUCAUGGCAUGUGCGGACCUGAGUCGCCCGAGCAAGGCUGCAGCAUCAGGGUACCCAAUGGGACCCACGCCGAUCCCGAUGGAGAUGGAAGGUGGAGAUAGGAAGUUCUACCUCGGUCAGCACCGAGGGAAGACCUAUGCUGAAGUGGCGUCGAACGCUGAGUACGUCACCUGGGCCCAGCUUCAGACGAACCCGAGUCGCCAACUCCAAGACUUCCUGGCCUGGUUCUCGAGAUACUACACCAUCCAGAACGGCGAGGUGGUCACACGAGCUGGCGAAGGUCUUCCCGAGGGACACUAUGUGCCCCGGGUGAAGAACAAGAAGGGGAGCAAGAAGCCCCCGAAUCCUCCACUGGAGCGCUGUGCCCAGGGAUGCAACGACUUCUCGCACCUAGGCUCGACCAUGAGCAUCCUCAGGAAGACGUGCCGGGACUGUAGUAACGUGAGCCAAGAGCCGCGUCAGAUCACCUACACGCACGACCCGGCGACCUGUCCCCAUGAUGUGGUGGAUCGUAGAGGCAGUUCACGAUCGGUUUCCCGCACGUUCUGCAAGCAGUGCGGAACCUUCGUGGACGAGGUCCCCGCCGAAUUCCAGAAGGAAAGAAGGAAGGCUGCAGAGCAGGCCUUGGCGGCCACGGAAGAGGCCCUCUCCAUGAUCCAGUACACCACUUCGGAAGAUGCGACCCGCGAACUCAACUCCGACGAGGUCGAGUCCGUCCUCAGCAUCUUCACCGACGACAUCAUGGAGUCAAUGGCUAUGGGGAUCAGGAUGACCCCGAAUGUCAUGCAUGGUCGACUCAAGGAAGCGAUCAGCCGAAGUCGUAUGCUCAGCAACGACGAACCAAGCCCAGGGGGUAGUCCUGACUCUUGGGCGAGAGUUGCACAUGUUGGAGUCAUCGACCCAGCAAUCCUCUCCAGAGAAGAAAAUAUCCUGGAGAGAUGGAAGAGGAUCGCCCGUGACCUCUUCUCUGAGCACAAGAAGGUAGCGCUCGAAGACGCCCGGUAUGGGAGUAGGGCGUGGCUCCUGCGCAAGGAACUCUACUUCGACGACGAGCUCUACUACCUGGACAUGGGACUGCAGCAAGGGCGAUCGGAAGUUAAUCCCGACUUGCUUUUUCUGGAUCCUCUGGACCAGGGAGCCAUGGUGGAAAGGACAGCGAAGUGGCCCUCCGAGACUGUCGGCAACGGCAUUGAGUGGCACCCCACGAACGACGACGUCAACAUUAGGGGAGCCCAUCCGCGGAUCACGAUUUUGACCGCGGGGAUCAAGUACUACGUCGGCCCCGACGAGAACUGGUGGCAGGACAAGUUCAAGCAGCCUGCGACCUGGCGGCCCUGGCUCGACCCGAAGUUCCAGACAGGGCGCCUCUUCGUCUACGACCUCAGGAACAUCGGCAACCCGGGCGAAGGCAGAUAUGGUGGAUGCCUGGGGCGCCACCAGGAGAUCAUCAAGCAGUUCCUCAGCAACUGGAACGGCACAAUGCACCUUUAUAGGGCAUUGCAGGACAUCGACUCCACCCCGCCGAAUGAGAACAUCGUCAUCCUUUUCUUUUGCACUUCCAACAGGCACAGGAGCGUAGCCGCUGGCACGCUGUUGUCCUGUAUGCUCAGCAACAGGAAGAGCCAGCACGCCCUCAUCCACUACGACGCCCAUCGAGCCUGGGAAGGUAUGCGUUGUGGAGGUCAGUGCGUGAGAUGUGGCGAGAGAUUCGAUCAGAAGACGAUCUUGGACGUGGGCGCCAUGGCCACCAACUACCUUAAGGGAGUUGAGCUCGGAUCCAGAUCGUCGGAUUCGAGCGGUUUGGACAGGAGCACGUCGGUGCCGCCCACGCGCAGGGCACUGAGCCUUGGCCCUGCUGGAGGAGGACCACACCGACCAGAUGGACGCACUCAGGCGAAGGCUAUGGCGAUCAUGGGGCCGGCUGGCUCAUGGGUGACGGGGAGCCUGCGGCCCCGGGAGCCGGUAGGUCCACCACCACCUGGUCACACUGCGCCUCCUUUGCCCCCGCCGACUACACCGCACCCGGACGUCGCGGCAGCCAUUCCGGCGCCCGCUACACCGCCAGCUACGCCGUCGACGCCCGCUGCACCGAGUACCCCGAAGGUCACGGCGACUAAGUCGCCGCCGGCAGUGGUGCUCAAGGCCGGACCCGGAGCCAGUGAGCCCGGGGGCACAUUUGUGCCGCCGCAGCCGAAGAGUGGACCCAGAGAGGCCACGGAUGACUUGAGCUACUGGCGCGACCGCUGCAUCCGCAUCGAGGCCAUCCACGGGGUGAAGGAGGAGUCGUGGCAGCAGCAGAAGGAGAGACUCGAGGCAGAGUCCCGAGUUGACAAGCAGACCAUCACGGAGCUCAACACCGAGAACAAGUCCUUCGACAGCGAAGAGAGUGACAGGGCCCGGUCGGUCAGCAGAUCGAAGACCCGUGGCUCUGGAAGCCGUGUUCCCUCGGAACCGCCGAUCAAGGAAGAGCCUGGUGAGGAAGAAGCAGUCAACGAGGACAUUCAGGGCGGCGACGACGACGGCAAGGAGGAGUUCCCCAGCUACUUCCAGAACGUUGAUGGCAUGGAGGGUCCAACGCCGCAGACCCCAUGGGCUGCGAACUUGAGUUUCAACGAUCUUAAGACGUUGAUGAACAACUUGUACAUCGAGGCCGAUCGCGUGUACCCGAAGAACGGCUGGGUUGGCCCCGUCGAGAGGAGCAAGCCCGCGACGGAGGUUCUCAAGCACAACCUCCGCUACUGGACAUUCCCAUGCCAGCGCCGUAUCACCCAGAUAAGGCCCCUUUCUGCCCCGGCACUCCACGUACCACGGGACCAACCCCAGAACCAAAACCAGCCAAAGCCCCGGAGCAGUCAGUGUACCCAGAACCUCAACCACCUCAACCUCAUCCACCACAACAAGAGCCUCGACAAGUACUUCCACCCCAACAACUUCAACAUCCUCAAGACCUCGACUACCUCGUCUUCUUCUUCAGGGAGUUCAAGGCACCUUUGCAACACUUCAACCCACACGGUGAAGCCUGGAAACCAUGCCCUUCUGAUCACCUCCAACCCGUCUGCCUUCCAGGACAACGACUUCAACACCUUCGACACCGGAGUGAACGCAGAGGUUGGAUGGACGGCAGAAGGGAUUCGGCGAACUCUUCAGGGAAGCAGCCCGAGUGUCAUUGUUGUUGCGAUUGAGUAUCGGGAUGAUUGUUUGAAUCACAGCGAGUUGAUGGAUGAAGUUGUUUCGCAUUGUGAGUGUUCAGGUUCUGAGUUUUUGGUGAUUGAUGUUGCGGAUACUGAGAGAUGGAGUUACUUCUCGAUUCCCAUGUACCCCGAGUUGGGACAUGGAGACGUUUCGUAUAUGUCAAACAGCAAAGACUUGGCAUCAGCAUUCGAAGGAUGGUGCAACGGGGGAUUCCCAUAUGUACCCCCGAAGGGAAUGCAUGAUGUGUUCGACAAUGAAUUUGCGAACUGGUUGAUCGAGUAUGUUACCGAUCAAACAGCCAUUGCGUUGGUUAGCACGUCCUACCCUGCAUGGGAGGAUGCCGAGAUGGAGCCCCUCGACAGCGUCGAGGACGUCGAGGACCGAGCACAAAUGGACCCGGGUGAAGAGGCCAUUCAAGAAGAUCUCGAGCUUGAUGAAGCCGAGGUUCCGAAGGUGCUCAUGAACCUUCUCAGAGCUGCGAAGGUUGAUCCGCAGUACCUUGAAGGACUGCGUUACCACCGAUGCAUCGAGUGUGAGGAGACGAAGCCGAGAAGAAAUGCUCACACGACAUCGUUGCCCGGCGCCUACGUGUUCAACCACACCCUCGGCGUGGACAUCUUCGAGAUCCUGGACGCAUCUGGUACCAAGUAUCAAGUUUUGAACUUGGUGUGCCUCGGCACAUGUUUCCAAUUGGCCGAAAUUGUUCGUGAAGGUCCUGGAACCCCAACUAGCUCCAAGUGUUUGGAGGCCAUCCAGAGGCGAUGGAUCACUUGGGCUGGCCAUCCUAGCUCCAUGAAGUGUGACCGCGGAUUGCACAACCGCGGGAUCCUGGCCCAGUAUAUGGGAGCCCAUGGAGUGCAGGUCACCCAUGCGCCUUUGGAGACUCCAGAAGCAAUUGGACGAGUUGAACGACAUGGAGGCGUUCUCAAGGCUAUGGUCCGGAAGACAGCUGCCCAAGUUCAAGCGCAUGGUUGGCAACAGAUGCAGCAGGUACUCGAUGAGGCCUGUUUGGUGAAGAAUAGCCUACUCAGGCAAGGAGGCUACUCACCGGCUCAGUGGGUGCUUGGACGAGCGCCACGUGAACUGCCAUCUAUCCUCAGUGAAGAUGGGCACGCAGACCUAGGAGCCAUUCAGGACUCCAUAGAUCCAGAGUCAGCCUUUGCACUCCAGCACCAAUGCAGAGCCGAAGCGAAGAAGGCAUUUGUGCAGCUCGACACCUCGAAGCGAGUGCAGAAGGCCUUACUCCGCAGUGCAAAACCAAUACCCGGCGAGUAUCGGGUUGGAGAUGUUGUGACCUUUAGGCGCACAAAAGCCGGGAAGACGACCUGGUCUCCUGCAUCCCGAAUCAUUGGGUUCGAGGGACGUGAAAAGGAAGCAGUUUGGCUCCUUUGUGAGAACGUUCCUGUUCUAGCCUCAGCGCAGAACAUAAGACCCGCGUCGGAUGCAGAAGCACUGGCCUUUGACAUCCUCCAUGGCAAGCAAGUUUUCCCAGAUGAGAUUCUAGGGGGACAGCAGAACUUCGACGAUGUUCGCGAACCUGGAGCGGAGGAUGCAGCCCCAAUAGAAGAGGAUGAGCAAGCGCUCAUUCCGCAAGCACCAGCUCAGGAGGAUCAAGGCGGACCUCCUCUACCCUCUAUCCUCGAAGAAGAGGAUGAGCCUACGAGAGAAAGGUCCAGGUCACCACCUGAGCGGCGUGUGCAUGCAGCUACUUCGUCGACUACCUCAACGUCAAGAAGGAGGCCUAGUGUUGCAGAACCAGAAGGAGAGCGAACCCCUGGUGGAAGUCGCAGACCGUCAACCUACGACAUCCAGGACGACUUGCCAGUGCAGAUCCGGGAGAGACUGCAGAAUAUACGCGACUCAGAGACAGCGCGUUAUGUCAACGACACAGAUGGUGCGUUGAACGCCACUAGAGCAAAGCCACGAGCGAAGUUUAUGGCCUUCAUGGCAACAAGACUGACGAAGGAUGAGAUGAAGGACCUGCCAGGAACGCUCAACUACUUCGACUGCACACCGUCUAUCCAGAAGCAGAUCGACGAGUCGCGCAAGAAAGAAUGGUUGAAGUACGAAUCGUUCCAGGCGGCGAUCCCUGUCUCAGGCAAGAUCCUCGAGGACUUGUUGGCCGAAGGACACAUAGCAUUGCCUUCGAAGUGGGUCGAUACCGUGAAAAACAUUCACGAGCAGCACACCGAGAACUUCGUUCCGGAAUUCAAAUCCCGACUCGUUAGUUGCGGGAAUUUUGAGGCCGAUGAUGGGAUCCGUACGGACUCACCUACAUCGGACCUAGAGACCCACGCGAUGGUAUGCGCAUUUGCAGCUUGUGAAGGAGUUCCUACCCAGAGCUCCGACAUCAAGAAUGCGUACUUCCAGGCCCUGCCCAUCGACCGGAUUAUCCUCAUGCGACAGCCCCGAGGCGGUUUGCCCGGUGUGGAUCCAGAGGCUAUGCUCCUGGUCAGAGUGCCUGUCUACGGUCUCCGAGACAGUGGACGUGGUUUUUGGAAGCGGGUGGACAAGGACGCCAAGGACGUUGGUUUGAAGGCGAGCCGCAUUUUUCCUGCGUUCUACUACCACACCACGAAUGGCAAGGUGGACCUGCUUCUCACCACGCAUGUAGACGACUUCUUGUGGGCGUCUACGGAGACUGGAGAUGCCAUCAUGGAUCGACUCUUGGAGCGAUUCGAGGUCGGACGAUGUGAGCGAGAUCGACUCCGCUUUUGUGGAAAGCAGUUCGAUCGUGCUGGAAGUGACGUACUGCUGGACGUGACGGACAACACACGUCGAAUCACCUACAUCGACAUCGCCAAGAGCCGCAAGCCAUCCGAUCCGAUCACUCAGGGUGAAGAGCGACAACUACAAUCCGUGGUGGGGAGUCUGAGCUGGAUAGCCAGACAGGGGAGACCGGACAUACUUUACAAGGUGUCCUACCUCCAAUCCAAGAUCAAGGGCGCCAGCGUUGCUAUCCUCAAGGAAGCAAAUAAGGUCUUGGAACUUGCCCUCACCGGCAAGGAUCUUAAGAUCAGAUACAAGCAUGGAAUCUGUGAAUUCAUGCAACUUGGCGUACUGACGGCUUCAGACGCCAGCUUUGCCGCUGAGCCCGGAAUGCGAUCACAGCAAGGACGCAUUCACUUCCUUGCUCCAAGGAAGCAGUUGACUGAUCCCAGCAACUGCGAUUUUGACGUGAUGCUCGUGAGCUACAGCAGCACCACGAUCAAAAGAGUAUGCAGAGCAACUCUCCAGGCUGAGACCUACGCUCUGCAAAACGCACAGGAAUCCGGAGACAGGAUUCGGGCCCUCUUAGCCGAGCUUUACGACUGCGGCAGCAGUGGUUCCGACUGGUAUGACAAGUCGAGAGCAGCCGUACCGCAUCUGAUGUUAACGGACUGCAGGUCGUUAUCUGAUAAUUUGAACAGUGAAGUUCCAUCAAAGGUUCAAGACAAGAGAUUGCAAAUUGAGCUGAACGCAUUGCGUCAGGCACUGUUCGAUGAUGACGGAUCAAAGUUGAUUGACCGUUACCCUGAUGCGGCUGACAGGAUCACGUGGACCUCAACGGCCACCAUGAUCGCUGAUUGUCUCACCAAGUCAAUGAAGCCUGAUUUGCUCAUUAGAGUACUCAGAGACUGCUUGUACCAUAUCGAAAGGCAGUAG